AUGAGUCAUAGAGUACAACUUCUUUUGGGUGCAUACCAUAUGACAUUUCCUUUGAAAAGUGUUGACAAAACGAUUGAGAUGAAAUCUGUUCCAUACGUAUGUUAUGGUAAUUGUUUAUACAUUGAGUCUAAAAUAGCUAAUGUCACAGGCAUUUCAGGAGUUAAUAGUAAAGGUUCAGUAGAAUAUAAAUCCUUCUGUUAUGCAGUCAAUUCAAUGUUCAUUCCAAACGUUCCUGUCAUAGCAACUCAUUUAGGUAAAUGGGUUCGCAUUAGUCCUCAUAAUUUGAAAGACAUGCAAUUCAGACUUGUUGACUUUCAAGGAGAGCCUGUAGAACUGAAGGCACCAGUGCGAAUGACUGUUGAAGUUGACUUUUUAGAAAAUAUUAAAUGCAACAGCUUACAAGAGAACUCAGAGCUAAAAAUAUAA